UUCCUCAUCAGCUGUUUUGGUGGUUGUUGUGGAGCUUCGGCGCUGUGUUUAGCACAACAUUAGGACAUUGCCGAUAAAAUUGUAUAUCAAAACCUCGCUUGUCGGUUAAGUAACUUGUUCAAUCGAGGAUGGAAAAAUCAGGGGGUGAUACAGAUUCGAAAUCUGCUCAGGAUCUCACUGCAGUUGUUCAGACAUUACUGCAACAGAUGCAAGACAAGUUCCAGACUAUGUCCGAUCAAAUCAUUGGCAGAAUUGAUGAGAUGAGCACACGUAUCGACGACCUGGAGAAGAACAUCGCUGACCUCAUGACCCAGGCUGGAGUGGAAGAGGGCGAGGGAGAGGGCAAGCCGAAAGAAGAAGACGAGGCGGCGGCAUCCUAAAGCAGGACAGAACUCAUUUCGAGGAUGUCAAGAACAGACAAACUUCAGGCUGCACACUUCAAGAGCUGUCAGUCCCCCCCCCCCCCCCCCCUUUUUUUUUUAAGGAACUGAACAUAUUGACUUUUUUGAAGUGUUUUGUGGAGUGCUUUUUAUAUUGCCUUGUGAUAAUGGUCUUUUUUAGUGUGUGACAUUGAAUUAACUUUUCCAUGUGUGUGUGAGUUAAUCAAUAGUCUUCCUGACAAACUUUUGUAAACCCAUUGCAAAAAAUGCUGAUCCACAGAAACUCUAGUUCCUUGAACAACCCAUUGUGCCAAGAACAAGUCAUUCCAAUUUCUGUAGAUUGUGUGGUAUUAAACUAGUUUUGUACAAAA